GGCAGUCAACAUUCAAUCAGUUUGGAAAAUUUUUAGGCCCUAGUAGAUCGUUUUUAAAAUUUCAAGUUUCAAUUAAAUAAAAUUUUUAAAUUAUUAAAUUAAAUAAUAAAUAAAAAUUAGAAAAUUAUUAAAAUCAUGUUUUCGCGAGCAACAAAAUCAGUCGUCCGGUCUCUGGGACAAUGCAGAUUCAGCGUUGAUGGAAAUUUGAAGGCAAUUGGAGCAGCUGGUGAGGUGGGUUCAACCUUGCCCCCAUGUUUGAAAAAUGGUUUAAAAUUUGAACCGACGGCUGUCAAAAAUUUGGGGCCACUUGAACAAAUGACAACGGCAGAACACAAUUUUGGAAAGACAAUGCCUGAAUUAACUCAAGCUCGACUUCAGUUCAGUUCAGAAAGCACAAGUUCGGAGUUAAAUAAAAAUUCACUCCAGGGAAGCAAACUUUCCAAUUUUGAAGCGAAAAAUGAAAAUUCGGAGGACCUUGUCGACAUUCUGAAGAAGUUGCCAAUUGCUGAGGAGGCAGAAACUGCGAAUAAUUUACAAAUGAUCCCUUACUCAUUACAGUCGGAAGACGGACUCGCAAACAUGUUCACUCCCCAUCAAAUUAACAUCAUUGGUGAUAAAGCGACAACACCAAUCUUCAAAAAGUGUUUUCUCUCCGUCGCCAAUCAUCUCACGAGGAAACUUCGAACAAUGAAAAUAUCAAAGGAAUUACAACGAUGGAUCUUUGAAAGGAAGAUGAGAGUUUAUAGGCCACCCCGUGAAGCACCUCCUCAGCCUCCGUUGCCACAAGUCUUUCAGUUUGACACAAGAGCUAAUCGAUUGAAAUCAAUGAUGGCGAUGAUGACAAAUUUCAGGAAUUCAUCGAAUUCAAUUUGCCUUCAUGUUGGCAAUGAUAAAAAGUGCAUGAAAAUUCUCUUUCCAAUGCUGACUACAAAUUCUUUGGUCUGGCGAAGGGAUUCCCUCACAAAUCGAAUCUUCCAAUCAUUUUCAAGACCCAUUUCAACGGCCGUCAUUUUACAAACCUCCGACUCGAAAUGCAAAACAAUCACGGAACUUUGCACCAAAAAGGAAACAUGCAAGACAAAGAAAUUAUGUCCAAAACAGAAAGCAACAUGUCCGGAGGAGGAGAAGAAACCAGAAAAUAAAUGCAAAAGCGGUUGUCUACCAAAAUUGAAUAACUCAGGGGAUAAGCGAAAAUGUGAGACGCCCGAGAAACAAGAAUAUCCACCGACAAAAUGCAAUCCAAAAAAAAUCGGCGGUCUCAGUCCAUGUCCAUGUAAAUUCACACCGAAGGAAAUGUGUCAGGAGAUUCCUGCCAAAAAAAUAUGUCCCCCACCACCGUCACUGCCGAAAUCGCCCUCUAAACCAAUAGUUUUGUGCCCGUGUCCUCCACCUCCAAAAUUGCCACCCACUUCCUGUCCAUGCGUACCGGAAGUUGUCAACGAGAUUUGUGAAAAUGAAAAACCGCCUAAACCGUGUCCGCCGAAACCAAAGAAACCCUGCGCCAAUCAAUCGUACAAUUGUUCCGAACGAAACGAGGGCAAAAAGCGAAAAUAAUUAUAUUUCAAUUGUCAACUUCAAAAUUUUCUCAUCCAAAUUCUUUUCUAAUCACAUAAUUCACAAAAUUACUAUAUUUUGAAUUCAAAAAUAAUUGUAAUCGGUUUUUCAAAGAGGCAAAAAUUCAACGACUACUUUUUGUGAUAAUUUAUUUCAACAUUGUUAUUAAUAUAUAAUAGUCCAAAUAAAAUGUUAACAAAAAAUAAAAGAAUAAUUUAACAAUUA